CGCCCGUCUUCUUCCUCCGGCCAAAACCAACGAAAUAAUAAAACACCAAAAAUACCGAGUCAAAAACGCCCCCGCGACAAGGUCCCUCGGGCCACCUCCGCGUCCAGCGUCCUCCAACCCCCCUCCCCUCCCUUCCCGACCCAAUCCGGAGAGCCCGAUCCCGCCAUGGCGUCGGAGAUCGAGGUCCUCGAGGACACGACCGCCGCCGCGGCCGCGGUCGCCUCCCCCGCCGGGGCCGGCGGGGCGGCCGCCGCGGGGGAGGCGGAGGCGGCGGAGGAGGAGUCGCUCAAGGACGACGUGUACACGGGCGCCGCGUACGGGGACCUUGAGAAGCUGCACCGCCUCGUCGAGCUGGAGGGCCGGUCGGUGACGGAGCCCGACGGCCUCGGCUACCACGCGCUCCAGUGGGCCGCCCUCAACAACCGCGUCGCCGCCGCCCAGUACAUCCUCGAGCACGGAGCAGAUGUAAAUGCUAUAGACCAUACAGGGCAAACAGCACUUCACUGGAGUGCAGUGCGUGGUCAUAUUCAAGUUGCAGAACUACUUCUGAAAGAAGGAGCUAAGGUUGAUGCUGCUGAUUUAUAUGGAUAUCAGACCACACAUGUUGCAGCACAGUAUGGUCAGACAGCAUUUCUUUAUCACAUUAUUUCAAAAUGGAAUGCUGAUCCUGAUGUCCCUGACAAUGAUGGCAGAAGUCCUCUUCACUGGGCUGCUUAUAAGGGAUUUGCAGACUCCAUACGCCUCCUUUUGUUUUUGGGUGCUUAUAGGGGGCGGCAAGAUAAAGAAGGUUGUACUCCUUUACACUGGGCUGCCAUUCGGGGGAAUAUGGAGUCAUGCACUGUGUUAGUUCAGGUUGGUAAGAAGGAGGACCUUAUGGUGCAAGACAAUACUGGGUUAACUCCAGCCCAACUUGCUGCUGAUAAGAGUCACCGGCAAGUUGCAUUUUACCUUGGGAAUGCUAGAAAAGUGCAUGAAAGAGGAUGUGGUGGGAACAAUUAUUUUGGGAAACUAUCAAAAUUAGGACUUGCCCCUGUGCUUUGGUGUAUUAUUAUUGGCUUAAUUGUUGCAUAUAUACAUUCAGUUAUCGCAGGACAAUACAACUCGAAUAUGACAUUACUAUUUGGUUUCUUUUCAUGGUUGGGAGUUUUCCUUGCAAUUGCUGGACUAGUUAUGUUUUAUAGAUGUAGCAGGAAAGAUCCUGGUUACAUCAACAAGAAUAUAAGAGACUCGCAAACUCAAAGAGAUGAUGAACCAUUGUUGAAGAGGGGUCUAGAUAACCCAGAACUUCUGGCUGGCAAUUGGUCUCAACUAUGUAUUACUUGCAAAAUUGUGAGGCCCAUACGCUCAAAACACUGCUCUACAUGUGAUCGCUGUGUUGAGCAAUUUGAUCAUCACUGCCCUUGGGUUUCAAAUUGCAUCGGAAAGAAGAACAAAUGGGAGUUCUUUAUGUUUCUUAUCCUAGAAGUUUCUGCGAUGAUCAUUACUGCUGCAACGGCUGUCAUAAGAGUCGCAGGUGAUCCAGGCUCUCCAGCAUCGUUUGGUGGAUGGCUUAACUAUUCAGCUAUGAACCAUCCUUGGGUGGUGUCUUUUGUUAUAAUGGAUCUCUUCCUUUUCUUCGGCGUUAUAACUCUAACAGUAGUUCAAGCAUCACAGAUAUCCGGGAAUAUAACAACAAAUGAGAUGGCAAAUGCCAUGAGGUACAGUUAUCUCAGAGGCCCAGGUGGUCGGUUCAGAAAUCCAUUUGAUCACGGGGUGAGGAAGAAUUGUUCUGACUUCUUCCUGAAGGGGUACAAUGAGGAUAUUGAGAAGGUAGAACAGACGUCACAUCCUGACGAGGAAAUGGCAAUUAUUCACAUGACAAGAGGUGCAGUCUCGCAGAAUGGUGAGAGCGUGCCACUUCAUGCUAAUGGUGCUGACCAUGUUUGUGCUGACUCACAAGCCAACUCAAAAUCGCAUCGCCAAGUUAGUUCGUCUAAAUGUUGCGAUCACACUAAGAAGACUGACAAAACCCCUUUGGGCCUAGGGUUGGGCCUUGGACGAAACAAUCCCUCUAGCCGUUAUGCACGGAAUCUUCUUCCCUUGUGACUCAUUUGGAAAAUGGCCCCUUGUUCCUUUGCGAUUCAUUUGGAGAAGAUGCAGAGCCACAGAUUCAGUGAGUACUGAGAUGGCAAGAACACAAAAGGAGAUUGAAGUUGUAUGAGAGCUCCAAGCGGCAGAAAAAUUCUGAAGGCAUAAUAUUCUUUUGCGUGCAAAAAAUGCACCAUUGUACAUUAUGUUUGACAUUUUGUAUGUACAUGAAGGGUUGAUAGCUCAGAUGCUGUCCUAUUUUGGAAAAUACAGUUGUACAUUGGAAGAGCUGUAAAUUACGAAGUAACCUAAUGCUGGAACGUGAUUUUUCCUAUUUCUUUUUCGUUUUCA